GUUGAGUAUUUUUUCUUUGCAGAGGGCAAAGAAAGAAGGAAGAAAGAGAGGCUAUGGCUAUCGCUCUCUUUAUCUAAUGACCCUUUUUCCUCUCUCUUUCUUUCACUUUCAUCUCUCCUAAAUUUCUCAUUAUUCUAUCAUGACCUUCUUCUUCUUCUUCUUCUUCUUCUUCUUCUUCAUUCUCUCAUAGUUUCUUCUUCUUUGUUAUGAAUCCCUCCACCGACGGACAACCACUUCCUCCUCCCUUACCGCCGUUGCCUCACCGUCCUUCCGCCACUUGCCCACGUCACCCACAAGAGCAUUUCACUGCUUUCUGUCCUUUGUGUCUCUGUGAGCGUCUCUCUCUUCUUGAUUCUUCCUCUGCUGCUUCUUCUUCUUCUUCUUCUUCCCGGAAACCUCAUUCCACCGCUUCCUCUGCUCUUAGAGCACUUUUCAGACCUCCCCCUCCUAAUCGACCCUCUUCCUUUUUUCCUGAGCUUCGUCGGACUAAAUCCUUCUCUGCUUCUAAGAACGAAGCCUUCUCUACCGCCAUUUUUGAACCACAGAGGAAAUCUUGUGACGUUCGCCUUCGUAACACUCUCUGCUCUCUCAUUUCACAGGACGCUUCUUCCUCUUCUAAGCUUCUUGCUCCUGCUGCUUCUGAAAUUGCUGUUGAGACUAAGAAUUUGGAGGACCCCAGUUCGUCCUGGGUUGAACCGAUACCCGACGUUGACGGAGAUAUUAGGGUUUCUGGACAGCCCAAUGUGGGGGAUUUUGUGAUUGAAAACAGUGUUAAGGAGAUUGUUGAAGAAGAAAUUCAGGUUGAAUUAGGGUCAGAAUCGGUGCAGCUACAAGAGGAGUUCAAAACCAUGAAGGAUCAUAUAGAUCUCGAUUCACACACGAAGAAGCCAUCCGGAAGAGGAAGCUUUUGGUCGGCUGCUUCGGUCUUCAGUAAGAAGCUGCAGAAAUGGAGGGAUAAGCAGAAGGAGAAGAAGCAGAGAAACGGCGGUGGAUCUACGACAUUGCCGGUGGAGAAGCCAAUCGGACGUCAUUUCAGAGAAACCCAGUCGGAAAUUGCUGAUUAUGGAUUUGGCCGACGCUCUUGCGAUAUUGAUCCGAGAUUCUCUCUCGAUGCUGGCCGAAUGUCCUUUGACGAUCCCCGUUAUUCCUUCGAUGAACCUAGAGCAUCCUGGGACGGGUAUUUGAUCAGUAGAACGUUCCCAAGAAUGCCCACCAUGCUUUCCGUCGUUGAAGAUGCCCCUAUCCAUGUUUUCCGUUCCGAUACCCAAAUUCCCGUCGAAGACUCCAUAAAUUCAACCAAUGAAGAAGAAAAUAUCCCCGGCGGGUCUUCUCAGACCCGGGAGUACUAUUCAGACUCUUCUUCUCGUCGACGGAAGAGCCUCGACCGGUCCAACUCCAUCAGAAAGACUGCCGCGGCGGUUGUGGCUGAGAUUGAUGACAUGAAAUCCUCUGUUUCAAACGCCAAAGUUUCUCCUGCAACCACAGAUGUCUCUCAUGGUCCAAAGCUAGGCAUUCCAGAUAGAGAUUCGAAUUCCAAUUCAUUGCGAGAUGACUAUUCCGGGUCGUUCGAGGAUGCUGCCUCAGUGGUCGGGACGGCAAAUCGGAAAGAAGAGUCGAAAAAGUCCAAAGGGUGGGGGAAGGGUUGGAAAAUCUGGGGAUUGAUUAACCGGCGAGGUGGAAACAAAGAUGAGGAGGAAGAUAGAGAGAGUAGUAGACCCAAUGGCGUGGAGAGGUCGUAUUCGGAGUCGUGGCCAGAGCUGCGUGGGGAUCGGAAUGGGGAUGUCAAAGCAGGAGGAUUCAAUCCCAAAAUGUUUAGGAGUAACAGCAGUGUUAGUUGGAGGAGUGCAAGUAUGAUUGGUGGAUCUUUCAGUAGUUCAAGGAAAAGCAAUGCAGAAUCUAAUGGUAAUGGGAAGAAGAAGAAAGAGGAGGCACAGCCAGUGUUGGAGAGGAAUCGAAGUGCUCGACAAUCUCCGACAAACGUCGACAAUGGACUUCUUCGAUUCUACUUGACACCAUUGCGGGGCAGCCGGAGAGGCGAGUCAGGGAAGGUGAAACCAAGUCAAGCUCAGUCCAUUGCUAGAAGUGUUCUUCGACUGUAUUAAAACUUUGAUAUUGGCUAAGGGAAGGAUUCAAUUCAAAAACAUGUUUUCUAGUUCAAAGAUGCUAUAUAUUUAUUAUCAAUUUUUUUUUGUUCAAGUGUUUUCUUUACUGGGUUUAUUGGAAAUGGAUGAAGAAACAGUUCCAUAAUUUUAUUUAAUUUUCCAUUUGAGUAGAAUGGAGAAUGGAUCAACCAAAAAUGAAGAAGAAUGCUUCUUAAUUUACACAAACAUUUUCAUUGUAA